AUGAGCCAGCGGAGCUCUCGCAGCCCGUUCGUGCCCAGCCGUCUGCGGGGGCUGCCGCCGCUGCCGCCGCCGCUCUUUGACGCCGAUUUUGUACGCCGCAUGUCCCGUGGCAGCACGCCGGGAAGUUCGCCGCGCGAAAGCGAGGCCCUCUCGCCACGCGACAGCGACGACCUGGGAGGAGGGAUGUGGGAGCAUUCGCGCAGCGGCCGGGUGUUCUUUGGAGGCGACUCGAGCAGCGGCGCCGACCUCUCCUGCGAUGCGACGGAAUGGCCACCGACCGAGGCCUCAGUCUUGGGCAGCUGGCUGCAUUGUAUAGAGAUGCUCAUCCACGUGGUGAAUCGGUCGCCCCGCUACGACGUCGGCGCCCGCACCGACGCAAUCCUCGAAACGCCCUUCCCGUGA